AUGGCAGCGUCCAAGCCAAUUGGCGCAGGGGAACGGGCAAAGUCUAUGCCACACACCCUCGAGCAUGCAAGGCUUUGGCGUGGUCCAAUGGGCCGGCUAAAGAGGCCCUUUGACGCCGACCGCGACGAGACGGGCGCUCCACACGGUUUCAGUUUCUGGAGCGUCUGGGUGCGGGCAUUUGGGAGGCGAUCAUGGGGGACAAAGCGCUGCAGGACGCAGGAACAGGUCGGCUAG